GAAUAAAACAAAAGAAAUGGAAAUUUUUGGCGGUAGCGACUCGCGAGUCCCCAGCAAAAAUCGUGGUGGGAGUGCGGAAGCAAAAAGAUAUCCUCUUUAGGCUCCCAGACACCUCUUCAACUAGAAAAUGUUAACCCUCGAUGCAGUCCGGCCUUCUUUGUUAUCGGUUGUUCCCUUCGAUGGCAGCUAUCAAGUGUCUGGUCAAUUUGUGGUUGCUUCUAAUCUAAAUUGUUGGUUUACAAGAGCAAGUAGAAAGUUCAAGACUUUUCAGCUCAAGGCUGGAUUCUGGGAAUCAAUAAAAACUGGUCACUAUAGAGAGUUUACAACAUAUCAACAUAAAAGAUUGUUGAAGAAUAACACAACACAAGUCAUUGACUCACCCUCAACAGAUGAAGAAGAUGAUGAUUCUCUGCCUCAAGAGUUUAUCCUUGUAGAAAAGACUGAACUUGAUGGAACGAUUGAACAAAUUAUUUUCUCUUCAGGUGGAGAUAUUGAUGUUUAUGAUCUUCAAGCCCUUUGUGAUAAGGUGGGGUGGCCUCGGAGGCCUGUGUCAAAACUAGCUGCUGCCUUGAAGAAUAGCUAUAUGGUGGCAUCACUGCAUUCCAUCAGAAAGUCUACUGGUUCAGGUUCAGAGGAAAAUGAGAAGAAACUAAUUGGCGUGGCCCGUGCAACAUCAGACCAUGCCUUCAAUGCUACAAUAUGGGAUGUCCUCGUUGAUCCUAGCUAUCAGGGCCAAGGCCUUGGUAAGGCGCUUGUAGAGAAAUUGAUUCGGGCUCUUCUGCAAAGAGACAUCGGAAAUAUAACUCUAUUUGCAGAUAGUCAAGUUGUGGAAUUUUAUCGCAAUUUAGGUUUUGAACCUGAUCCUGAGGGCAUUAAAGGCAUGUUUUGGUACCCAAAGUACUAAUUUCGAACUUGCAAAGCCUGCUUUCGCAUCUUUUCCCUUGGUUGACGUUGCGGCAACAGCAGCUUGGUCCAGGAAGGCGGGAACCCAACAGAUCUGCGAGUAUAAAAAAUUUGUCAUCAAUGCUGCAAUUAUUGGUGUGGUCGUGGUUUUUUCUUUUUGUUUCUCUUUUUUUGCCCCCUCCCCUUCUCUCUGAAUUUUUUGGUUUUUGUUCAAUAGCUCGCAGUUUCUUGAAUCUGCAGGCAGUGAGAAGACUGUAUUCCACAAUCAUGCAAAAUUUUUUCUUA